GAAAACGCAUGAACUCUGCGCGCUCGCACCCAAGCUCCCGCGGCGCCUCCAUGCCCGAGUCCUCGUCCACCGCCGGCGAGUUCGCGGCCGGCUGGCUCUGGAAGAAGUCGGGUCGCUUCUCGUCAUGGAAGUACCAGUACUUUAUCCUCCGCGGCGCCCUUCUCUCGUACUACGACAAGUACCCUGGCGAAGAGUACGCCCACCUCUUCGCGCCCGGCUACACGCAGGGCGACACAUCUCCGCGCGGCGUCCUCCGCGUCGUGCACGUCGAGGUCGGCCAGAAGAGCGCGAUCGCCUUCAAGGUCUAUGGCUCGUCCGGCAAGGUCCUCGACAUCCGCGUCGAGACCUCGGUCGCGCGUGCCAAGUGGGUCAACGGUCUCAACCUCGCGUCGCAGCUCGGCAAGCGCAAGCUCGCGACGACGUCCGUCUCGAUCGACUCGGCCGACUCGACGCUCGACUCGGACGACGAGAACGCUGUCAACUGCGCAGGCUACCUUACCGUGCCCAAGCACGGCAACAAGUACUUUGUCUUGCAAGGCAACAUGCUCUCGAUGCACGCAGACGAAAACCCGUGGACCGUCCCGACGUCGCGCAGCUACGUCCUUGGCGUCAAGCCGCUCCCCAACAGCCAGACGCUCGAGGUGCGGCUCAGUCACGGCGCCAAGCCGCUGGUUCUGCAAGCGCAGAGCAGUCAAGAGCGCGAAAAGUGGGUCCACCACAUGACCGAGUGCUGCGUGACGCGAUAGGCGUCGCCACCGCCCCAGGCCAAUGAAAGUGUUUCGCGGCCGACCUUAUAAUUAUAUGUCUCGACGUUCUCCUCGAGUCGUGCUGUAGUCUUAAUGUAACCAUCAACUACGAUAUCCCUCCGAUUGAAGGACGGACGCC